CUACAAAAGAGAUAUGAAUGGUUCAUAGAGUGGAAGGAUUCUGACUUAGACUAUGAUGUAAACUGUGUGUUCAUUGAUGAGGCUAGAUUCAAUAUUAAUAUGAAGAACAAUUGGGCAAGAACAACUAUAGGAAUACCUGCCAUCGUAGAAGUUGAAAAACCCCGUUCUCCAUCUCAUACCAUUAUUGAUGCUAUUCAUUUUUCCAGUAUCAGCCAUGUCGCAAUGAAGAAACCCCCACCAACAAGGGAAAAGGCGCAAAAGGCUCAGACAAAUAAGAGUGAUAAUCGAAGAAGAGAAAGCCUGCAAGAGACAAAGAUCAAAGGUGAUGACAGGGAAGUCAACAAGCCUCCUUCUAAAGGUACUACUACGGCUCAUUAUUUCAUAAAGUUCAUGAACAAGAUGCUUGCAACAAUGUACGUUUUAGUGAUCUUUGUGGAUUUUGUAGCCACUCUAAGCGUCAUAUCAGUUAUUGUCGAGAUAAACUAGAGUUUCAAUGAAUUACUUGAAUUUCAAUUAAGUCAGUAAGAAAUUUAAAAUGACAAAUCAUUUUAGUAAGCCAGCUUAACUGUAAAUAAUAGCUGCGCAAGUAAAACGUUAUUCCGUGUUUUUUU